AACUGACUUCGUAAAUGUCCGUCAGCAAGUAGUGGUGGUGUUGUGUAACUAUUUUUAUUGAAAAGACCUGAAUAAAUCCAACAAUGUCUCUAAAUAUGAUGAAAUAUAAAUACUACGACACCCCUGAGGGGCAGGAUAUUUUAAUGAAAAGCAUUGUGACUUCCAAAUAUGCCGCAUUAUCCGGUCUUGGUGCAGCUACGUUCGAUGUGCUUAUGUACUCACAGCCUAAAGGUAUUGUGGCUACCGCUGGACGAUUCAUGUGGUACAUCGGUCCUUUGGUCGGUAUGGCCACAGCCUUCACCGUGACCACUAACGUAGCCCAGAACAUUCGCGGCAAGAAUGACAAGAUAAAUUAUUUCCUUGGUGGAGUGGCUGCUGGUUCAGUUUUUGGUGCUUGGCAAAGAUCGAUAACAAUUUCCGUGCCGAUGGCGGUGCUCUUGGGAUUAGUGGCCGUGGUCAAGAAGACCGCUAUCGACGAAGGCUGGGAGCUGCUGCCGCAAGUGCCUCACGCCACAAAAACGAUCCAAUCCGUCAAACGUGACUGGAGCAUAGUGAAAGACAUCGAAGAAUUGAAGAAUUAUACCACAGAAUCUAAGUAAAAACAAGGAAGUGAAAGGACUAGUUCAUUCAAUGAAGAAUAUGUAAUUAAACCUCUAAUUAAGUAUAAAUUAGUAAAUUGUUGUUUUUUAAA